AUGGCCGACAAGCAAGUCCUCUUAAAUUUCCUCAAGGUGCAAGAUGCGAUGAGAAAGCCACCUGCUAUGGUCACCUUCCUUCACCGCUUGCCAAACAGUGGAAAUGUCGUGCAAGCAAUACUAUGUCGAGACCUCGUUUUCGAACGCUCAGCAAGGUUUGCUCAGCACUGCGAGAAGAUCCACGAGGCCACGGUGGACAUGACAAGCCGGCCGCCAGGUCUCAUCGGUGACUACAUCGUCCUCCUUCGCGACAACGAUCCUCCCCGAUUACAAUUUCCAACUGCUGGCGACCCGCCCAUGGACGCUGCCGCCAGGAUGUGCUACAUCACUUUGAGCAGUCUUUACCUCUUCUCUGUGGAAAUGGAAGACUCUGGCUCCGCUCAGAUCGUCUUUCGCGCUAUUGUAGACAACUUCUACUUCACUUGGCCGAACGGCUUCAAAUAUUCCCCCGAACCUGACGUGAUCAACCAUGUCUAUGUCUACAACUACACUCUGGCUUGGGACCCCUUGCGCUAUUCUCUAGCAGACUGCUACGUUGACUUCGCCACCAUCAAGUGGUAUAUUCCCCAGCGGGAAUGUAACCAAGACUUCAUCGUGAAUGUCUCUGUAGGUGUUUCGAGACGUUGUAACCGCCCACAUGGUCUUUUCAGAAUCACCGACCCGCGGAACUACAUCUUCCCCAAGCAGCCCAUCCAGGCCGCUACCAACCCUGCCACAAACCCUAAGCAGUGAGAACUCAUAAGGCUCACAGAACUGAUGUAUAAAUGACGACACGACUAGACACAGCAAGAAGGGUCUUGGACGGCGCAGGGCGUCGAUGUAGGCGUCGCAGAGGCGGUUCGGUCCGAUUGAGAAACCUCAGCAGACGUGGGGCGGGUAUCAUGGCGUCUUGAGACUGACAGCUUGAGUCGAGAAAUAGAUGUAGCGGUCAACAGAGUUACACGAAGUAGCUAGAUAUGCAUAAUGAAAGACGCCGCUCAAAGGUGCAAUUG